AUGGGUCGGGGUGUUACAUUAAGUCAUCAGGAUGCAACGAGAACUGAGGGGUUUUAUUGUCCUUGUGUUGAUUGUGGCAAUGUGGGGAUGGUUAAUAACAUUGGGUCGCUGAGGGAGCAUAUCUUUCGUCGUGGGUUUAGGCAACACUACUAUGUAUGGGUUUCGUACGGUGAGGAGGGUAUAUAUGAUGGUGGGAAUGCCGUUGUUAACGAUGUGCAUGAAAGAGGAGAAUUUGAUGUCAUUGAGAAUGACAAGAACCUCGAGGACGAAUGUGAGAAUAUUGAGGAUGAUGAUGAUGAUGGGGACCAUGUCGAGAAGAUGAUGGAGGGGGUGGAUGAUCAUGCUGGGAAACGACCUCGUAUCUUUGAGUGCAUGGAUGAGGCAUCUCGGAAACCGUUGUAUCCCGGUUGUACGAGGUACAGCAAGCUGACGGCCGUGAUAACACUCUUUAACAUCAAGACGAAAGCCGGUAUAAGUUACUCAGCUUUCACUUCCUUGUUGCAAGCCUUUGGCGAUAUGUUGUCGGACGACCAUGAACUACCCAAGUCGAACUACUAUGCGAAGAAACUGAUGUGUCCCUUCGGUUUGGAGUACCAGAGGAUACAUGCUUGUCCAAACGAUUGUGUGCUAUAUCGAAAUGAAUAUACGGAUAUAGAUGAGUGUCCUCGAUGUGGGAAGUCGCGUUAUAGGCGUGCAGGGGUUGGUGAUAAGAAAGGGCCUCCAGCAAAGGUGAUGUGGUAUCUUCCGAUUAUACCACGAUUCAAGCGCAUGUUUUCAAUCAAGAAAGAUGCUAAGAACUUGAGGUGGCACUCAGAAAGAAGGACAAAGGACGGUUUUCUCAAACAUCCGACUGAUGCUCCUAAGUGGAAAGGUAUCAAUCGUCUGCAUAAGACCUUUGCUGGCGAGGAUAGAAAUUUGAGGCUUGGCCUAUGUACGGAUGGGAUGAACCCAUUUGGCAAUCUUAGUUCUCAAGAUGGUACAUGGCCGGUUCUUCUAGUUAUAUACAACUUGCCUCCUUGGUUCUGCAUGAAAUGGAAGUACAUCAUGUUGUCGAUUCUUAUUUCAGGGCCGAAACAGCCUAGAAUCGACAUAGAUGUCUACCUCCAACCACUUGUUGAUGAUUUGAGAAAAAUGUGGGAUGAAGGAGUUUCUGUAUAUGAUGCACAUGCUGAUGAGAACAAAGGGAAGAAAGCAUGCCCGAUUUGCAUCGACGACACAGAAUCUAAACACAUUUCCACUUGUCACAAAGAAGUUUAUAUGCGGACCCGAAGGUUCCUUCGACGCGAUCAUCCUUAUUGUAAUAAGAAGAAGGCAUUCGAUGGAACAGUUGAGGAAGGGGUUGCUCGUAGGCCAUUGACUGGUGUUGAGGUUUUUGAUCAGGUCAAGGGUAUGGAAACGAUAUUUGGCAAAGGAGCGGAUGAUGGUGGCAAGGGACUUUAA